AUGGACACCCUGUUGUCUCAACUGCCUUCAGUUGAUGACGUUCAAUACGCGAUUCAUCAUGUCUUCCUUCCCCCAAACUUGCCCCAAACCGGCGAUAACCCGCAAGCUACGGCACAUGAGACGGCACUCUUGACAACAGUUACUGACUCUCUUCAACGUUUCGGCUCCUACGCCGACUCUGGUGUUAAGAUUGUCAUUGAUACCUGCCAGCACGCAAUUCUCCGCCUACGUGACGUAAGGGAUGACCGUGGUAUGGUCAAUGAGGGAAAGCUUUUAGAGGUAUUCUGCGAUUUGGACCAGAAUGGCGGGUUUAUACCUAUUUACGUGAAAGAGCAGAAUGCUGCCAUUAUCGUGGGUCACAAAGAAGACUCAAUUACUUUCGAAUUUUUCGAGCUUUCUCCUCGGAAUGAAGAUGUCAUGAGCACGCAAGGUCGACUUCGCCGCUGCUUUCCCGCUUCCUCAGUCUCGAUGUCUAUGAAAACAUUCAGCGAGAAUAAAUGGAGUUCAACCCUUGCGCAUACAAUUGGAAAGAUGAGUCACCAGGGCGUGGCUGAAAUGAAAUCUAAGGUGAUGAAAGCGGGGGACACCCAUUUAGAAGACAGGGAUACCACAGAUCCUCGCAUAGUCACAGACUUCCUUGCCACUGUCCUGAGCGCUAUGGGUGAGACUGUUGAGGCUUCUCGCCUCUGGAAAAACACUCGCGAGGAGGUUCUGUGGCAAAAAGCGCCGCUGCCGUGGCGGCGAUCUCCAGUCUGGCUGCUGGCUCGAGUGGCACUCCAGACUUUCUUCUCCCGCCUUGCUCCAACCAAAAACCUUUACAAAGAGUUCAUGGCAUUUCUUUUAGCGGACAUUCUGAAAAAGGCAGCUGUCCAUGGGUUGCCUAGCGAUACACUUUACUGCAUGAUGGCAAAGAUUUCGAGGCGAUUACUGAAGCUCGACCAGGAAGUUAGCUAUCCCUGGCUCCUGUCUGUUGACCGUGUGUUGUCGCGUACGCGAUGCACUAUUGAGAAACGCUGGGAAGAAGUCAUGCGGCAAUCGGGUUCUUCCCUAGAACUGCAAUCCUUGUCUACGCUGGAUUUCGAACGUGGAACAUAUGCCUCUUACCCAGAAUUGGAUGAAUUCCUCCAGCAAAUCGACUCUCGACGAAAAAUCGGAAGUGAAUUAUCAUUUAAACCCCUAUGGAAAGCGACUAAACUGAACAAAAGUAUUAUGCCUUCUAUCCAAGGUACACAAUCGCAUGAACGUACACCCUUUGAUCUAUUCACAUUCGAGAAUUGGGUUGCAUCCUGUUUGGAAUCAUGGGUAGAAACCAACAGUGCCGAGGAAGAGACUUGCGAAAAAUUGUCCACUGCCAUGCGAUCCUAUCACAGGACCGCAUCUCGGCAAUACUCAGACAACCCCGAAGGACUUUCCGUCAUGCUAUUAACAAUUCUGGAAAUGUGGGUUUCAUGCGAUAAGACUGCCUGUAGACACCACUCGUUGCUAUCCGACUACGACCCCGAAGUUCCGCACCAGCUCCUUCAAUCUCUCGUCCUACCAUUCAAGGAGCAGAUGGAGAGGUUAAGCCGCAUCGAGACAUAUGUCCAAGCUCGUCAUAAUGCCGCAAUUCCUAGAUAUCCUUCCAUCUAUUCUUCAUUUGGAGACCGGAAAUCUUUCCCAGUCAGGUAUUUUGAAACCUCGACGGAUCAUCAAUAUCUGUUGAAGCAAAUCGAAAGUCAGGCUAAUCUGGAGAGAGAAGAAAAGAUACAUGAAUUUCUUAGACUGAAGGCAGAAUACAAGCGUCUGAUGGCUCUAUCCAACCGGCUUGAUUGUGAGUAUGAAGAGCGUGUAGAUCCCUGGACUGGAGCCCAGAUUUCAAAACAUAGGCACGACUGCAAAAAGUGUACCCAUCGGAACUCUGCGAAUUCAUUGACUAUCCAGGUCCACGAAUGGCCGCUUCCCCGUAACAUCCCGAAGGCACAGUCUACCGUAUUCGAGCUACAAGUCCCCAAAGUCUUUAACGACUGGAGGAAUGGGACAGCUUAUCUUCUAGCUGACGUCCUGAAAUCAGCCUACGAUGGGUCUAAGAAACAAGACCUUGAACAAACUCUGAAAGAAUAUUUGCCCUCCUACUACGAAGCUUGCGAUCGUCGCAUAACCCUUGUUUCGAUCACCAAGCCAAACGUAGUAACUCAUAGACGAGAUAAAUCAAUAGCCACUUCAACAGAGGAGCAAGUACUGGUCGAGGACGGGAUGACUUAUCGAUAUUAUGAUCAAGAAAAGCAUGCCUUUGUAUCGAGGUUCAAAAUCACAGACGAUAUACCGCUCAUGUGCACUUAUCAGCUCUCGGGCCAGUGCACUAGCCUCCAGAAAUUUAUGUUUCGGCCAUUCAAUAAACCGAAUGGAAUGUCACCAAAUGAUGUCAUCGCCGAUCAAGCAUACUGCCCGGGCCACCUGUCCAUCGAGGAGUUCAAGGCCAUGGCAACCUUACCUGUGGGGUUCCGCAUUCAAUGGUCGAAUAUCCUCACAAAUCUUUAUAUCUCAACCGUGGAUUUUAAGAAAGCCGACACUGCUCUUCUCAUUCGUCAGAUUGCCUAUCAAGCGGGGCCACCACUGGACACGAUGACCUACAGAGCCAGUCACCACCAGCUCCAGGACAAAGGUUUUGCUGAAAGACUUCUACGAGGUCUUUCUCUUGCACUCGAUAGGAUUAGAGGGAAUUGGGAAUCCUAUCAUGCGAUGGGUUGCUUCAUAGCUCUUGCUGCUAGGAUUCUCACUCUCGCUCCCUCAUCGGUUAUAUCAUCAGAGGCUCUUAAUUUCCUCCGUACAUGCCGUAGAAUCACUCUAGAGUGGGUUUACAUUCUUCAGAAGAAGACCUACAAUUUGGAAGAUGUCCAACAACGAAUGGAGUUUAUCCUGAGGACAUUCCAAGUUGCCCACGUCUGCGUCAGCUCAUUCGAUGUCGAUGAACACCAUCUGAGCGACCUCCUUGCAGAUUCUUCAGAGGCUGCCGUCCUAGUCGAGUGUUCGAUUGUCAUACAAACUACCAUGCACAGCGCGCUACAGCCUGAAGAUCGCUUCCACUGCAACUUAACCCAUCGGUGGAGACAUCUUCUCUAUAAAUCCCGACCCAUUCUCCUUAGAGAGAUUGUGCAAUAUCGGAGCACAUGCCUAGAUCUUGCUAUUCGAAGGAGUUGGCCGGCAUACGAUGAGGGCGAGAUAUGGAAACCGAUUUCAACCAACGAGGAUGAUUGGAUAACGACUUGCGUAACUGGAGGAAAGGUGUAUUUCAACCUUUUGACGGCUGAGUUACUAGUGAACGGCUUCCCCUUGUCUCGUCUCCCAGCCAAGUAUGAGAGAGCCCCAAUUUAUAAGACCCUCUUUGGCAGAAUUGCAAUAGAGGUGAUGCCAACCAACAUUCCAGGCAUGCAGUUCUCGUCUAAGAAGACUCAUCACGGAUAUACGCUCUUUUUCGGGACGAGUAAUUCAGACCCGAACGAACUCCUCCUGUCAGCACGCAAAGAUAGAGAAAUGUUCGAUCUUGUUCCAUCAAAGGUCUUUGAGAACCUCUUACCAGACUACUUUGUCAACAACUAUGCACAUUGGUAUAGCCGAAAAACUCGCAUGAUCGAGUUUCGGCAGAAGUGUAGCCCUUGGGUCUCUUCACCAACACAUUGGACAUUGCGAAAUAGUGGAACUUCUUGGAAACUUUGGAAGGAGGAUCAGUUGGUUGUUAGCCCUAGAAGCAACACUGCAAAAUUUUUGCAUGAAUUCUUGAGGCCGCUUGAGAGUGAACUUUAUAUCCACCUCAUUUUCAAUCCUCGUCAGUCCGAAGUCGACAUCGAGAUGCCAAGGCUUCAACUUAGAUUCUUCUUACAAUCCGGUUCUGUUAAGCUUUACUCUCGACAAUUCCGAGGCAUGCAUGUGGACGCGAGCCAAAGCAUCGGAACGUUAGUGGGGCUGAAGAGUAAGCUAGUCCUCAGAGACGAUCGGGGGCGCCAGAAGAUCCUCAUACCAGAUGGCCAAGUUUCUUGGUUUGCAUACGAGGGGCAUGUUCAAGUCGACAUUGAAUACGGAACCUCAACUCGGGUUCACCAGUAUGAAGUCGACGCCAAGCUAGGGUGCCUAGUUGACAAUGGGAAUCUGCAGAGCAAAAUGAGACUUUGCUACAUCCAUGCACUCACUUCAUACUGUCUACCUGAUAAACUGACCAAAAAGACUGGUACAGAGGAGUCUCUGUCAAUCCUCCAAUCGGCUGCAUGUCUGUCCUUUGAAUGCCUCUGCCAGGACAAUCUUGACAUCCUUGAAAGUAUCGCCAAACUUUCUCCAGGAAGAGCAUACUACCCGAAGCAUAUACGUGUCAUGGAAACCAUUACUUGGAAUAGCGAUCUGAGCUUUCUCUCCCAGCAUGGCAGUUUCUACACUUCUGUGAAGUCAAUCCUAGAGAAAUCAGAAUCUACCAAGUUCUUUUACCCCGGGGCGUAUAUUCAACCUCCCAAGCUUGGUCAUGUUGAUAUUCUGUUGGGGAAACGCCAGAGUAUUAGAGGGUCCACCUUUCAUGUGUCCGGAUUCGGUGCUGAGGAUCAUACUGAUGAGCACGACCAAACUUACCAGGAGCGCGACCAAUUACCCCAUUCGAAGAGAUCAAUUCGAGUAUUCGAGGUAUCGAGGAUGAUAUGUGAACAACGUCAAACCCUUUACCGAAAAAUCUGUCACGAUUUUGUGCCCCGGAUAUGGGCCCUCCUCGAUCCCAAUGACACGCAAGGUCCUAACGAGCUUCUCCCUGAUGGGUCAGUGGGGUAUGAUGCAAAAUGGUUAGGGGAAACACCACAUCUCCUCCAAAAAUACUGGUGUCGACUCCACCGUGGCCUGGGUGAUACCAUACCCCGGUUCAACAAGUUCCAGACUAUGAUGUGCCUCGCUGCUAUGGCCUACUCCAAAAGUGGUGAUUCACAGGCAAUCCAAACACUUGCGGCCUUUGCUAAUAUAUCUUCGGUGGGGCUAAUCAGUGUUCCCAAUGCUCGUUAUUUCCAGCUCAGCCAAGGUCGUAUCGCGCAGCUAAAUGUCCUCAAAGAUAUUGCUGGGCGGAAACAGAAUAUACAGAAGUUUACGAGCUGUCCAGAAGCUAGCCUCGAAUCUAGAUACGGAGAAACGCUCUCAGAGCUCGGUCAACGCCGCCGCCAAACUUUUCAGAAGAACCAGAACGCAUCCAUUGCCAGAUUUGCAAGUUCAAUCCAUAAUCAGUGGAUUCGCGAAAUUCUACUGACCCCGAGUGGCAACGAUAUUGAAACAUACAUCAAAGUACCAGUCGCAAUGGAAGACGUACGGUCAAAGUGGGGUCAGUGGCAUCUCAACCACCAAUUUUACUUGUAUUUAGGCAAGGUGGCCGCUUCUCUUCGACAGUGCACUGUCCAACCGAUUUCCGUAAAUCAGAGACAGGCUGGGACGGAACAAACCUCGCAUACAGGAAAUAGAAGGGUUUUCAUCAACGAGCAGGACAUUUUCCAGCAGAGUGUGCCCUCAUUGCCUAAACUUCAAAAUUCCGACCUCAACUUAUCUCAUUCAAAAGUUCUUGAAAGGAUAAAAGGUGACCGAGUGACUGCCCUUGUGGAUCGCCUGAAAGAGCAAGCUUCAAUGAAGCACGAACGAAACUAUGUGUACGACUUGCAAAAAAGCCUAGAGUCCCUAAAGGGUCGAAACCUUUUCUACUCGCUGACACAUCAUGGGGAUAGCCUUCUUGAACUCCUCCAGGAGAAUCUAUCCAAGUGCUGGACUAAUUUCGAGGCGAUCUACCUGUCCUUGGAAUCUGCUGUGUGUCUUCAUGGUCAGACCACUUCAACGACAUCGACCGCGGCCCAUAGACACAGCGAGCAGGUUGGAUCAAAAUUCAUGGCACCAAGGGUGUCUCCGAAAUUCUUCCUCAGUCAACUGGCUCGCCCGAAGUGGCAACAUCUCCCUUUGGAGUGGAAGAAGGCAAUCGUGGUCUAUGGCAUAGCGCUCACGAGCCUCCAACGAGCGGAACGAAUGCUUAACCUCUGCGGAAACGAACCCGAUCUCCUUAAGGAACUCCUUAACAUCGGUCACACGAAUUGGGAUCCACUAGACUACCCUGAAUCUUUGUUGCUCGAAGUUGAGAGCGGAAUAAUGAUUCGGGAAGUCCAAGAAGAAAUUGCCUCGCAGAUGAGGAGCCCACCAACGAAUUCCAACGCGGUCAUGCAACUAAAUAUGGGAGAAGGAAAAUCAUCCGUCAUUCUACCUAUGAUUGCUGCGUAUUUGGCAGACGGUGCGACCCUCGUUCGUGCUGUCGUUGCCAAGCCACAGGCGAAAGAACUCUUCCGGACGCUUGUGUGCAAGUUGGGGAGACUCCUCGGCCACCAGAUCUACCACAUGCCUUUCUCCCGGUCCCUGAGGCUGACAGCGGAUGGUGCCAGUGCUAUUGAGAGUCUCAUCAAAGAAUGCAUCGCGAAUCGAGGCAUCCUGCUUGUGCAGCCAGAGCACAUCCUUUCAUUCAAGCUGAUGGGAAUCGAAUGUUAUGAGUCUGGCCGAGAGAAUAUAGGUCGUGUGCUUAUGGACUUGCAGCAUUUCUUCAACUUGCAUUCUCGAGACAUUGUUGACGAAAGUGACGAGAAUUUUAGCGUCAAGUUCGAGUUGGUAUACACAAUGGGAAUACAGAGCGCUAUUGAACUCAGCCCAGAGCGCUGGGGUCUCGUACAACGACUUCUCACCAUUGUCGGUAGGAAAACCCCCUUGAUACGUAAGAUACUCCCAGAGUCAAUUGAGGUUACCCAUAGCCGCCAGGGGUGCUUUCCUAGAACGCGCCUUUUGCGUCAGGACGCCCACGCUAUGCUUCUGAAGGAGGUUGCUCAAGAAAUAUGCGAAACUGGGUUUCCAGGAUUCCCGAUCGCGAGACAGCCCACUAAAGUUAGACAAUCAGUACUAGUCUAUAUAUCUGAGCCACAUCUCUCAUCUCACCAGAUAUCCUCAGUUGAAGGUAAUCCCGCCUUUUUUACCGAGUCUAUUAAAGGUCCUUUGCUCCUCCUUAGAGGUUUGAUCGCGGAGGGAGUCUUAGGGUUUACGUUGGGCCAUAAGCGAUGGCGAGUCAACUACGGUCUUGACCCAAGCCGACUCCCAAAGACUAGACUUGCUCUUCCUUUCCGAGCAAAAGACAACCCGAAAGAUAGGUCGGAAUUCAGCCAUCCUGAAGUUUUGAUCGUAUUGACUUGUCUGUGCUACUAUUAUGGCGGUCUGUCAGACGAAGAUCUCUUUUUGGCCUUCGAUCACCUCAUGAAAUCUGAUCAGGCUGAUAUCGAAUAUCAUGAGUGGGUGAAAGAUGCACCGGAAUCCUUAGACCCCUCAUUCCAUCGCUUGGUCGGAAUCAACAUGAAAGACCGGUCCCAGGCGUCUAAUCUGAUUUUCCCCCACCUUCGCUUUGCAAAGGGUGCCGUAGAUUACUUCUUAGCCCACAUUGUCUUUCCCAAGGAAGUGAAAGAGUUUCCACAGAAGCUCUCUGCCUCAGGAUGGGAUCUCGGACAACAAAAAGUGCACCCAACUACGGGUUUUAGCGGUACCAACGACUCUCGCCAUCUGCUGCCUCUCGAUGUUAAGCAUCUGGACCUUGAGGGGCAAUGCCACACAAAUGCCUUAGUCUUGGAGCAUCUCCUUCAGCCAGAGAAUACGGUCCAAUAUCUGCUACAGCAGAAGGAUGCUGGCUGCUCAGAUGCAGAGACACUGUUGCAGCACGUAAUUUAUAUGGAUCCACCCGUUUAUGUGAUCCUUGAUGUCGGAGCGCAAAUCCUCGAACUCACCAACAUCCAGGUUGCACGUGAAUGGUUGGAUGUGGUGCCCAUAGAGCACCAGAAGGAAGCUGUCGUGUUCUUCAAUGAUGAUGACGAAAUUUGCGUCAUCAAUCGGAAGGGCCAUGUAGAACAAUUGCAGACAUCUUCAUACUCUGAACACCUCGAUGUUUGUCUGGUGUUCCUUGACGAGGCCCAUACUAGAGGCACCGACUUGAAGCUCCCCAAAGAUUACAGAGCGGCUGUCACCUUAGGCGCAAACCUGACAAAGGAUAGACUAGUUCAGGGCAAAAUGCGUAAGCUCGGGAAUGGCCAGUCGGUUGUCUUCUGCAUUCCCGAGGAAAUCCGGUCCAAGAUCUAUACGAUGAAAGGUAUCUCAAAGAAAGCCGACAUCGAUGUGUCUGACGUCUUGAUGUGGGCAAUUUCAGAGACCUACACGGACCUUCGUCGGAACAUGCCACUGUGGGCUGUACAAGGAGACAGAUUCCAGCAACAAAGAGCAAUUUGGGACGACAUAACAAGUUCCACAGGAAUUAAAAUGUCCCCACAACAGGCUGAGAAGUUUAUGGAAGAGGAAGCUCAGAGUUUGGAAUACCGAUACAAGCCUACUUCUAACACCGCACAAGACCGACCCCACCUCUUCUCAGAUGCUCAGGGAAACCGCAGUGUUGCCGCCAUGCUGGAGCGCUGCGAAGAGUUUGACAUAGCUCACUUCAGGUCUUCGGCACUACAGGAAGAACAGGAACGAGAGCUGUCUCCGGAAAUUGAACAGGAGCGACAAGUUGAGAGGCCUGACCCUGCGGAACCCGAAGAGCACCACCUAGAUCAGCAUGUUAAAGAGUUUGUCACAACAGGCCGAAUACCACCAAGGUCUCUAGUCUUCAUCCCAGCAUUUCAGACACUUGGAAACACUAGGGCAGCAUCGUAUCUCGAUGUGACCCAACUGCCAGGUAGCGUCUUCACGACUGCCGACUUUGCGCGAACGGUGAAGCUCAGAGGAAGAAGUGUAUAUGCCGACUCCUAUCAACGGCCCGUCCAAUGGAUCGUGACUAGCACUGUCAAUAAGAGCCUCGUUAUCAUCAGCCCGUACGAAGCUCAGGAAUUAAUGUCACAGUUCAAGGAGUCUAGAUCCGUCUGCCUACAUCUCUACGCACCACAGCAGAAUCUCGCCUUCCCAGCCCUGGACAGUCUCCUUCUCUACACCGUCCCGCCGCUCAACCCUAACUGGAAAUUACCCUCCCGCCAGAGGUUAGAACUUAACCUAUUUGCUGGUCAGUUGUUCCUCGGCUCAUUCGCAGACUAUAAGACAACCUGCGACAUGCUGCAGCUCGCGUGGAAGCCAACGGAGGAAGGAGGAAUAGAAGCGGACGGAUUUAUUGCCCCGAAGCUCAGUAAUGCGGCGGUUGUGUUGAAAAAGAGUCCAGUUAUGUUUUUGAAGGUUCUUCUUACCCGAAUUCGUCGAGACUGCAAAGAAAUUGGGAAGACUCACUGGGGAAAGAUUCUUGGAGGAGAGAUUAUGAAGGAAGAGGACUUCGAGGAUCGGGAGAACGGGGUUGAAGAUGUAGUGUAGCUCUCGUUCGAUCGGGCCGGUCUUGGCUAGGAUAAAUAAAGAUAUCGAUGACCUCACGGCUAGUUGAGG